AUGGGCCCACUUCUCGAGCCUGUCCACGUCCCUCUGGAUGGCGUCCCGUCCCUCAGGCGUAUCGACCACACCACUCAGCUUGGUGUCAUCUGCAAACUUGCCGAGGGUGCAGUAAAGUGUUUCUGCCACAGAGUACUCAUUGUAAUGGCAGCUGACAGCAAAAAAGCAGGUGUCAUGGAAAAACUUGGGCUUGGUCCAGAGGUCCUUCUACAGGAGAAUCCCAGGCUCAUCUAUGCUAGACUUACUGGAUUUGGCCAGACAGGAAAAUAUGCCAAGUCUGCAGGUCAUGACAUCAAUUAUUUGGCUUUAUCAGGUGUGCUGUCAAAGCUGGGUAGAAAAGAUGAAAAUCCUUAUGCACCUGUAAAUCUUUUGGCUGAUUUUGCUGGUGGAGGUGUCAUGUGCGCCAUGGGCAUUGUUACAGCCCUUUAUGAACGCACCAAAUCUGGCAAAGGGCAGAUCAUUGAUGCAAGCAUGGUAGAAGGAGUAGCAUACCUCAGCUCUUUCAUAUGGAAAUCACAAAAUCUGGGACUUUGGAACAGACCUCGAGGUGAGAACCUGCUAGAUAGCGGUGCACCUUUUUAUGAAACCUACAAGACCUCCGAUGGAAAAUAUAUGGCUGUUGGUGCCAUAGAGCCUCAAUUCUAUGAGCAGUUAAUAAAGGGUCUUGGGCUGGAUUCAGAGAAACUUCCCAGCCAGUUGAGUUUCUCCGACUGGCCCAAAAUGAAGGAAAAAUUUGCAUCCAUAUUUGCACAGAAGACACAAGCCGAGUGGUGCAGCAUAUUUGAUGGUACUGAUGCCUGUGUGACCCCUGUUUUAUCCUUUGAUGAGGUUGCCUCACAUCAGCAUAACAAACAAAGAAGUUCUUUUAUUAAAAAUGAUCAGGAAGAGAUAAGUCCUAGACCUGCUCCUCUUCUAUCAAGGACCCCUGCUGUUCCAUCGUUUCAAAGAGAUCCUUUUAUAGGAGAACACACAGAAGAGAUACUUCUAGAAUAUGGAUUUACUAAGCAAGAGAUUACUAAACUUUAUUCUGAUAAAGUAAUAGAAUGCUGUAAUCCAAAAGCUAAUUUAUAAUCUCUAACUACAUAGACCAGACAAAUUUCAGGCUGAUACAGAACAUUUUUAUGCAUUAAAAUUGAAUUAUAUGACAACUAAAUGUUUG